AUCAGCUUCCAUCUAACUGGCAAAAUGGCUUCUGUCGGUCAAAAGAUCCGGAACUUUUUCCUGGGUGACACCACGGACAGUAAAGAAGAGAGGCGACUCGUCAGGAAGCUAGACUUCUUUAUUAUGACUUACUGCUGUCUAAGUUACUUCUUUAAUUACCUCGACCGAGCAGCGUUUGCGAAUGCCUAUGUUGCCGGCCUCCGCGAAGCCCUUGACAUGCGCGGCAUUGAUUAUAACAAGGUCCUUUCUCUGACCACUGCUGGAAUGGCUGUCGGGCAACUUCCUCAUGGUAUCAUAAUACAAAAGGUGGCGCCAAGGAUAUGGUUCCCUUCCAUGGUUGUCGUCUGGGCUGGCUUGACGAUGGCCAGCGCAGCUGUGAAAACCGUGACCCAGCUUUGCGUCAUUCGUUUCUUUCUUGGCUUGGCUGAGGGAAGCACGUAUGCGGGCACCAUCUACAUCAUCGGGGCCUGGUAUAAGCCUGAAGAAAUCGCCAAGCGAACUGCUCUGUUCACUGCAUCAGGCCAGGUAGGCACCAUGUUUGCAGGUGUCAUGAUGGCCGCUAUCCACAGGGGUAUGAAAGGGCUUGGUGGCCUUGGAGGUUGGCAAUGGGUGUUCUUGAUCGACGGUAUCAUCACACUGCCAAUUGCAGUGUUUGGCUUCAUGUACUUCCCUGAUACUCCGGGAAAGACCAAAGCCAACUACAUCUCCGAAAAAGAAAAACAGCUAGCCGUUGCAAGAUUACCACCCAUCAAGGAGGACGGGCACAACAUCCAUCCCGUCUCUCUCUUCAAGCGUGUAUUCGCAAACCCUAUCUUCUGGGUUUUGUUCUUCUGGUCUCCAGUGUGCGCCAGUAUAGAGGGGUUCCCUUUCCAGAACACCUUUUUGUUAUGGCUGAAGUACCAUGACGAUUCUUUCACGCAGACUCAGAUCAACACAUAUCCCCUGGGCGUCCAGGCUGUUGGCAUCGUGUCGAAUAUGCUUGCGGUGGACAAAUUCACAGCGAAGAAAUACGCUGACCGCAUGGUUCCCGCAAAGGCUGGGGAGAAGGACUCAAACGCGACUUUUCCAGAAGGCAAUGAGAAGCACGCACAGCAGAAUGUCCAGGAGAAGCAAAUCUGA